AUGACUGUACUUCACAAGGAAGGACAAGCGGCACCGGCCGAGCGGAGGAUAGUUGUCGAACCAGAUGUCGAUUCUUCAUUUGCAAACCAUAAGGUGAUUGUUCCUGAGGUCGCAACACGCAUACAUAAUGGAAAGACGCGCAACAUACCACUAGAAGUGUUGUGGACUCGAAAGUCUGCAGAGCACACACCUUUGGCGAACCACAUCUCUACGAUAAAAAAGGGAUCGUACGUGGCAAGUGAACAAACUCCUUAUCAACAUGGAGGCGAGCAAAGCUGGAAUUUUGAAAGGUUCGAAUUGAGAAAAAUGGUCGAGUUCGGGAUGCAGAGCAGACCCUCUGACGCCCAUUCAAUGGAACUGAUGGAGAUGACUUCGAACGCAAUUGAUUCGUUGAGAGAAAUUAUUCGACAACGAGCCAAGCCAAGCAAUCCGCUGGAUAAAAGCAACCGUGUUAACAGAGUUUGGGCUCAGCCAGUUAGUGUUGCUCAAGACGACACUGUUGUUAUGAUGCUUCAAAGAGCCAGGAUGGGAGCUAAUAGUGGUCACAGCACCAAAUCCAAAGUUGUCUCUUGUCCUUCUCCGCUCUAUGCAGAGGUAAUGGAUGAAUUUGGGUUGAUAGGCGUUGCCAAUUAUCCUGUUUUCAUGUCAACUUGGUGGAUAACCCUACUGAUGCACGACUUUGAUGAUUGGCAUCAGGAUUUCCUUGCUAUUCUGGACUAA